AUGGGGCCCCUCGGCCUCGCCGCCCCCCUCGGCCUCCUCCUCCUCCUCCUCGUCGGGCCGUGGAGCUGCAGGUGCCGCUACGCCCUGGGCAUGCAGGACGGCGCCAUCCCCGACAGCCGCCUCGCGGCCUCCAGCGCCUGGUCCGAGUCCACCGCCGCCCGCCACGGCCGGCUGGGCCGCAGCGACGGGGACGGCGCCUGGUGCCCCGCGGGCCCCGUGUACCCGGACGAGGCCGAGUUCCUCGAGGUGGACCUGGGCCAGCUCCACGUGGUGACGCUGGUGGGGACGCAGGGCCGGCACGCCGGUGGCCACGGCAAGGAGUUCGCCCGGGCGUACCGGCUGCGCUACAGCCGCGACCGGCACCACUGGCUCCGCUGGCGCGACCGCUGGGGCGCCGAGGUCAUCGCGGGCAACGAGGACCCGGAGGCCGUGGUGCUGAAGGACCUGGCGCCGGCGGUGGUGGCCCGGGCGCUGCGCGUCUACCCGCGCGCCGACCGCGUCAUGAGCGUCUGCCUGCGCCUCGAGCUCUACGGCUGCGCGUGGCGGGCGGGCCUCCUGUCCUACGCGGCGCCCCAGGGCCACGUGAUGGCCCUCGACCCGGCGCCCGCCGUCCUCAACGACUCCACCUACGACGGCCACGGCGUCGGCCAGCUGCGCUUCGGGGGCCUGGGGCAGCUGGCCGACGGCGUGCUGGGCCUGGACGACUUUGCGCGGAGCCGCGAGCGGCGCCUCUGGCCGGGCUACGACUACGUGGGCUGGCGGCGGCCGCCCGGGCCCCGGCCCCGCCUGGGCCUCGAGUUCGAGUUCGAGCAGCCCCGCCUCUUCCGCGCCAUGCAGGUGCACUGCAACAACAUGCAGGCGCGGGGGGUGAGCGUCUUCAGCGAGGUGGAGUGUCGGUUCAAGAGGAGCCCGACCUCCGCCUGGGAGGCCACCCCGGCCUCCCACAGCCCGGCCGGGGCCGCCGAGGACCCCAGCGCCCGCUGGGUCACCGUCCCCCUGGGCGGGCGCCGGGCCCGCUUCGUCCAGUGCCACUUCUUCUUCGCCAGCGAGUGGAUGCUCUUCAGCGAGGUCACCUUCCUCUCCGACGUGGUGGAGGACACGGCGAGCGCCAGCGGGUGGCCCCCGGCGGCCCCCCCAGACCCUUGGGCCGGGGCCGCCCCCGAGGACCUGGAUGAGGCCAAGGCGGGGCAGCCCAUCGCCAAGGAUGACACCAGCCACACCUCCAUCCUCAUUGGCUGCCUGGUGGCCAUCAUCUUGCUCCUGUUGGUCGUCAUCUUCCUCAUCCUCUGGCGGCAGUACUGGAAGAAGAUCCUGGGCAAGGCGCGGCGCCGCGGCUCGGAGGACGACCUGACGGCGCGGCUCGCGGCGCCGGGCGACGCCGUCGUCCUGGACAGCGCGGCGGGGGCGGCGCGGGGCCCCCCCCGCUACGAGCGCAUCCUCCCGGGCCAGGGCGACUACCAGGAGCCGCUGCGGUGGCCCCCGGCGCGCCCCGAGCCGCCCCCCACCCCCCCAGGGCCUGCGGCGCCCCUCGCCAACCCGGCCUAUCGCCUCCUGCUGGCCACCUACGCCCAGCCAAUGGGAGGCCCCGCUCGUGCCCCGCCCGACGGGGCUAAGCCAAUCAACACGGACGGUGAGGGCCCGGCGGGGGCGGGGGCCCACGCGGAGGCCGACGUCACCGGAAGCCCCGCCCAUGCCGCGCCCGGCCACGCCCCCGGCCACGCCCCCGGCCACGCCCAGCCCGACUCCCCCUGGCACCGCUACUGAGAGAAGCUGGGGGAGGGGCGGUCCGGAGAGCCGCCGGCGCCCUUCGGCCUCGGCACCGCCACCACCACCAUCAUCAUCAUCGUCACCGUCACCGUCGCCCGCCUGAGCGCCGCCGGCGCCCUUCGGCCUCGGCACCGCCACCCGCCGCCGGCGCCCUUCGGCCUCGGCACCGCCACCGUCAUCAUCAUCAUCAUCGUCACCAUCACCGUCACCCGCCUGAGCGCCGCCGGCGCCCUUCGGCCUCGGCACCGCCACCGUCAUCAUCAUCGUCACCGUCACCGUCACCGUCACCCGCCUGAGCGCCGCCGGCGCCCUUCGGCCUCGGCACCGCCACCGUCAUCAUCAUCAUCGUCACCGUCACCGUCGCCCGCCUGA